AUGUCUAUUCAGGAUUGUGGAACAAAGGGAAGGAUGGAUACGAAUGAUAGCUUGAGAGUAGCGAGUCUAUGGCAUUCAAUGCACGCCAUUUCCCAGCAGCUUUCACCUGUAAAUGGCUGUUCUGGAAUUGAGCUUCUCGAAGCCGACACUUUUGAUCUCCACUGCUUCCAGUCUCUCCCAGGAACAAAGUUCUUUGUGGUUUGUGAACCUGGAACUCCCCACAUGGAGAGCCUCCUUAGAUACAUUUAUGAACUCUACACUGACUAUGUCUUGAAGAAUCCUUUCUAUGAGAUUGAGAUGCCUAUUCGUUGCGAGCUUUUCGACAUCAACCUUACUCAAGCAGUACAGUCAGACCGCGUUGCAUUGUUAGGACGAUGA